CUGAAACCUUCCCCAAGAGCCUGCUGGUGAGGUCACUUCCCCAUAACCCUGGUAGGGAUGGAGUCCAAAGGAACCGCACGCAGUGGAGGCAAAUCUGACAUCAAGGCCACCAGCACAGGGAAGCCAGAGAAACCCAAUCCUGGGCCUGCCACAAAUGCAGACAAGAAGGAGACCCCCUCCAAGGAGCAGCCCGCCCCUGUCCCCACCACCACUACAACGAAGAAGGCAGCCAGCGAGGCUGCUGUGGCAAACAACCACAGCAAUCUGAAACCUAGCUCAGCAGCCACGGAGACACCAGAGGCCACCAGCCAGUCCUCUGACUCUGAGCAUAAGGGAGACAGCACCGAGGAGUCCCCAGGCAGCAUCUUCGACAAUAUGAAGCCCUUGAUCGUCGCUGGAGGGGUGGCAGUGGCUGCUAUCGCUGUGAUUCUGGGUGUGGUGUUCCUAGCCCGGAAAAAAUGAAGACUGAGAAGGGGUGGGGGAGAGGAACCGUAUCAAUUGUACAGCUCCUUUUGAGAAAAAUGCAUGCAGUAAAUUCUAUACAUAUCUAUACUUAUAUCUAUAGAGAGAGAGCUAGAUAGGCAAUUACAACACCACCACCAACUCCAAAAGGCUUGCUCAAGACAGAUGUGCCCGUUCAACCUAAGUGUGGGAUCACCAUGCACUCAAUGUGUUCUCUCAUGUAAUAGAAAUUGGCUUGUACCACUGUGUAUUGAUUACAGCUUCUCCUGAUCAGUGUAAAUGAUGGUGUCCCCUCCCCGCCCUGCUGUCCUCUCCAGAA